UUGUGUCAAGUAAAAGUGACGUAUCAUGGAGAUUAUUACCACAGUUUUCAUGCUUAUACUCUUGAACUCUGUUCACAUUAUUUCUCCUGUGGUUUUCUCUGAUGAUUCUUUGUAUCUGUGUGCAAUCCAAACUUCCUGCAAGAGUUGUCUUGAAAAAAGUUCUGUUUGUGCCUGGUGUAGCGAAUGGUCGUACGCGAAUUCAACAGUGGGUAAAUUACGAUGCAGCAGUGCAGAUCGAUUAGAAAAGUUUGGUUGCCCCAAGCACUCAAUUCAUCGAGCAUCAAUGGGAUCGAUAAAACUUCUCCAAGAUGACGAAUUCCAAGAUGUAGUAAUUUCUGACCAAGUUCCAAUUCAAUUAAAGCCUCAACGAGUACGUGUUAAGCUUCGUCCUCAUAGUAAUGAAACAAUCUACCUAAAGUACAGACCUGCAAAGAACUAUCCUCUCGAUUUGUAUUACUUGAUGGAUUUAACCUGGUCCAUGAAUGAUGACAAAGAUACCUUGGUCAGUUUGGGUUGGAAAAUAGCUCAUACUUUGGGUACAUUCACUAGCAAUUUUCGAUUGGGUUUUGGAAGUUAUGCAGACAAACCACUUAUGCCUUAUGUCUUUCCUGGACAUGAAAAUAAUCCAUGCAGCAGUCAGAAUACAGUUUGUGCUCCGCUUUAUUCAUUUAAAAAUCACAUGCAACUUAGUGAAGAUGUUCUACAAUUCAUUCAACAGGUGAAUUCUAGCCGUGUCACCGGAAAUGUGGAUAACUUGGAAGGUGGAUUAGAUGGAGUAGUGCAGGCAAUUGUUUGCAAGGAUCAAGUAGGUUGGGCUCGACAAGCUCGAAAAUUAAUGCUUGUUGCGACUGAUGGAUUAAUGCAUUUCGCUGGUGAAGGAAAACUUGGUGGUGUUGUAAACCGUCAUGACUUUUUAUGUCAUUUAGAUAAAAGUGGAGAGUAUUACAUGUCUAAAGCAUUUGAUUAUCCAUCUUUAGCAGAGUUAUCUAGAUUACUGAAGCAGCGGAAAGUUAAUUUAAUUUUUGCUGUUACUGAAGAUCGACGUUCAGAAUAUGAACAAAUAGCUUAUUUGUUGCAAGAAAAAGCCAGAGUUGCUACACUUGCAGCUAAUAGUUCUAAUAUUCUUGAAAUUAUUGAGAAAUCAUAUCAUGAUAUUUUAACAAAAGUUGUAUUAAGAGAUAAUUCUACAGAUUUAAUUAAUAUCAAGUACUAUUCCAAGUGUGGGGACAAUAAGAAUCCAGAAAAAAUGACUUCUACAUGCGAAGGAAUACAAGAAGGUGAAGUCUACACUUUUAGAAUAGUAUUAUCUCUUGAUGAUUGUCCUCGAAAUGAAAGCCUUUGGAGGCAAAAAAUAGUUAUCGAUGAUGCUUUAGCUUCAGAAGUAUCAGAGUCAAUGAUCGAAGUAGAAUUACAAUGUGGGUGCGACUGUGAGAAAAAAAGCCCACAUUGUAAUAAUGGUAUAGACGAGUGUGGGAUUUGCAGGUGUAAUCAUGGGUGGUCUGGAGAAACGUGUGAUUGUGAUGAAAGUAACUGGACUGAAAAUCGACUUUUAUGCAUAAAACCAGAUGAUACUGAAGUUUGUUCAAAUCGUGGAGAAUGUAUUUGUGGGAAUUGUAACUGUGAUCCUGGUGCAAAUGGAAAAUAUUGUGAAUGUUCACCAUGUGAUAAAACUGACGGAGUAGAAUGUGGAGGAAGAGGAACCUGUGAUUGUGGCAUCUGUUUGUGUUUAGAUGGUUGGGAGGGUGAUGCUUGUGAAUGCCCGACCGGGAAUGAACUUUGUAUCGCACCUGGAAGUUCUGAAGUGUGUGCCAAUCAUGGCUAUUGUGAAUGUGGGCAAUGCCGAUGUAACAUUACUGCUCCUAGCGAUGGUUUACUUUACCGUGGAACGUUUUGUGAAUCUUCAGCAAGUGCUGGAGGAAGUAGUCUUUGUGUAUUGUAUGAAGACUGCGUAAAUGCAACUGUUGAAGAAUCAAAUGAUAUUGUAGAAUAUUGUCAUCUUAAUAAAUCAAAUGAGUAUAAAAUACAGAGAGUUGACGAAGUAGAUGCAAGUAGUGAUCACUACUGUUUUGUUAGAACAGUAAUAGAUACUACAAUUUGUACAAUUCCAUUUGUAUAUAAAUUUACUGAAGAUAAUAAAGUUCUUUUAAAGAUUGCUAAUAAGAUUUGUCAAACACCUUUACCAGCAGCUGUCUUACCAAUGGUAGCAUUUUUAGCAGUUUUUCUUAUUGGAAUUGGAGCACUAAUGAUUUGGAAAUGUUGGACAGCGAUAAAAGAUGCAAGAGAAUGUGCUAAAUUUGAAGAAGAACAGAAGAAAACUAUUUAUGCUCUUAUGCAGAAUCCAAUUUAUAGACCACCAAUUUCUGUUUUUAAAGUACCUAAUGCAUUUAAAGAAGAUUAAUGAUUUAAGACCUAAUAUUGACUGAAAUUAAUUUUUAUUAUUAAUUUAACUUAUUAUAAAAUCAAAACAUACAAUGAAGAAUAUCAAAAACAAACAAAUUUCAGUACUAUAAUUUCUAUUUUUUUUUUAUACAGAAUUUAUGUAUAAACUUAUGUAUGUACUUAUGUAGUUUAUAAAACAUAAAAUUAGACAA